ACGAUCUCAGUUGGCAGUCUCUCGAGAGUGAGAGCUCUCUCCGAGCUUCUGCCAUGGCUUCCCAAUCACUCUGUGGAUGGUCAUGUUCCUCACCAACUUCUUCCACUGUUAAGCUUUAUUCUUCUUCUUCUUCUUCGUUGUGCAGGCCUUUUAUGUUCUUUGCCUUCUACACAGCUCCAUCAAAACGACAUCGUUUCAGAGCUUCCUUUUUACGAGAUUCCACUUCGUCGCCCCGGGCUGCUAGUUCCAAACAAGGACUAAGGAAGUCCGUACGAGUUGAUUGCCCGUGUUCGAGCUCGAACUCGGACACGAAUUUGGGAAAUCGAUCAGAAAAACAAAGGAAGCCAGACCUGAGUUUCAAGACCUUGUUUGCGAAGCGAUCUCUCUGGAGGAGGAUAUUUUUUGCGUCCAAGAAAGUUAGGAGCAUCAUUUUGCUCAAUGUCGUCACUCUCGUUUAUGCCAGCAGCAUCCCAGUUGUGAAAGAGGUUGAAGCAAUAGUUGAUCCAGCAUCGUUCACUGUUGUGCGAUUUGCCUUGUCUGCCAUCCCAUUCAUCCCAUUUGUACUGCGAUCAGUAUCACAAAAUGACGUUGAUACCCGUAAUGCCGGAAUUGAGUUGGGUUUCUGGGUUAGUCUAGGAUAUAUGAUGCAGGCAGUAGGGUUGCUUACAUCUGAUGCAGGGCGUGCAUCCUUUUUAUCAAUGCUCACAGUAAUUGUGGUUCCAUUGCUUGAUGGUAUGCUAGGAGCAGUAGUUCCUGCCCGUACUUGGUUUGGAGCUCUUAUGGCUAUCUUAGGAGUUGCAUUGCUGGAAUCGAGUGGAUCUCCCCCAUGUGUUGGAGAUCUUUUGAACUUCUUAAGUGCGCUUUUUUUUGGUGUGCAUAUGCUAAGAACUGAACAUAUAGCAAGAAGCACCGAGAAGGAGAAAUUCUUAGCUCUCCUUGGAUAUGAGGUAUGUGCUGUUUCCGUCUUGUCAACAACAUUUUAUCUUGUUGGAGGUUGGUCAGGGGGCUUACAAGAAUAUGAUCCAUCAUUAUGGACGUGGACAAACUUUUGGAAUUGGAUGGUUGCUUUCCCUUGGAUACCUGCAUUAUACACUGGCAUUUUCUCAUCUGGGUUAUGCUUAUGGGGAGAGAUGGCUGCAAUGCGUGAUGUGUCAGCUACAGAAACUGCAAUUAUUUACGCCUUGGAGCCAGUCUGGGGUGGGGGUUUUGCAUGGUUUCUUCUCGGCGAAAGGUGGGGUACUGCAGGUUGGGUUGGGGCUGCUCUUGUUCUAGGUGGAAGCUUAACCAUGCAAAUAUUAGGGUCCUUUCCUUCUAAAUCUGAUGAAGAUGAAAGUAUAGAUGAGAAAUUGGACAUGGCACAGCUUUCAGACAAGCGUAAUGGACUUUCUGCUUCUCCCGUUAUUGUCAGUUCUAGAAAGGAUGUUUCUGAUUUGUUAAAGUAGGUGAAGUUGCUUUCCCAAUUGAAGAAAUGUAGGCUAAUUCUUCUAAGAUCUUGUUGUAAUUUUAUAUAUAGAGUUGUUACAUUUGUGUUUAUUUUGUAUAUAGUUGUUGGAGGCAUGAGAAGCUUUCAGCCUUACAAGUAUACUUAUAUACAUAAACAUAACUAGGUUGUAUUAGAGCUUAGGUAUGUAUACACACUAUUUUUAUGUUUUUAUAUCGUAAUAAAAUAUAAGUUCUUAUAACUGGAAUGAAAAGAUUAUGUUUGUAGCUCAAAGAAAGAAAAGUUGUUUCUAAUUUUAUUUUA